CAAGGUAAAUCCAAAAUGGAGUACACAGGUAGUGCAUAUGAAGGGGAUCACAAAAACGGCAGGUUAGAAGGAUCUGGCAAUUACACAUUUCCUACUGAAACCAAAUAUGAGGGAGAAUUGAAAGAUGGCAUGUUCCAAGGCAAGGGUACACUGUUCUUUCCAAAUGGAAGUAAAUAUGUGGCCACAUGGGAUAAAGGAAUAGCCAUAGAGGGGAAGUACACUUUUGCCGAUGGCCUUCCUUAUGAAGAAGAAAACUGGGAGUAUUGUGAUGGAUAUGAUCGUAGAUUCUAUACCGAAAUAAAGACUGGACUGCAACCAGCAGGUCGGUCCCAGCUAACGAAUCGUGUUCCUCCUAGAGAUAUUCCAGAGGGCUGUUAUGAUUGUGGGGAUGGUUUCUACGACCCAAAGUCCAAAGUUGUAGUAGACUAUAACAAAAAGUUCUUGAGAAAUGCAGAUGAUGACGAACACAACUGGAUCGUAAAAACUUGUCGUAAAGGCUGGGACGAAUAUGUUGGAUUGAAAAAGACUGUUCCUCCAACUCUGUCAUAGUCUGAAGUUGCAAAACUGUUUUGUAAAAAUAUUGGACUGUGAUAUUAUGAUUUUAUUUUACCCCCAUCAUUUUGUAAAAAGCUUGUGAUACUUGUACCUUGUUUAUUUUGAUAUCUUUAUCUCUUUACAAAAUAGUGACUUUGUAUUUAUUGUAAAGAAUUAAUUGUAAAAAAAGAAUAAAAGCCUUCAUCUGA